UUUACGCGCCGGAAAGAACAUGGUGAAAAAUAAAUACGCUAACUACUGAGCUAACCGAUCAAAAAACGUCCGUGCAAAGUUUAUCUGAACACGUCAGUUUUUAAUAAAUAUUUUUAAUCCGUUCUUUUCCACACGGUUUCCAAGACAACAACAUGGCGUAAAUCUGCAUCUCAGCAAACCAAAAGAAGAACAACAUGAGCGUCUGAGGGUCUGUAACCAUGGCGAAGCAGUUCACCAUUGAUGACGCCUUCUCAUUGGAAGGGGAGGGGGAAGGGGCGGGGCCAGAAGAGGACUUGGAAGGAUGGAAGGAUAAAGAGCGAGAUCGUGAUGGAGAGAUGACAUUCGGCCCACUGUCUUUCUCUAAACCACAGAGUCUUCCCUCUUCCUCCACCGGAACGAUGGAUCACAGCAACCUGAAAUACCAGAACCUGGAGAAUGAAGAGGUUUUGGGAAGUCCUGUAAACUCUACCUUCAACAACCUGUUUAAAAUCAGUGAUCCAGCCACGCUCUCCUACUGCAGCUCUCAGUGGUCAUUCAGCACGCUCAGCUCGGUUACACAGCUCUCUGCACACUGCUGCGGAUGGACGUCUCAUCCUUUAAUAAAAAAGAACAGGAGAGUGGUGCUCGCCUCGUUCCUCCUCCUCAUCACUGGAGUCGCUCUGAUUUUUACAGGCGUCGUCUUGCAGUUAAACCCACAAGCAGAGGUUUCCAGUGCGAUUUUCUUUGUCUCUGGUUUUCUCCUCUUCAUUCCUGGUGUUUACCAUGUGAUCUACAUAAGCUGUGCUGUUAGAGGGAGACGGGGAUUCAAGUUCUUUUACCUGCCGUACUUUGAGAAAUAGUGACUUUAUCUGUCUCUCUGUUGAGAUUUGUCCAGAACCUUUCAUUUUAUUUUUUUAAAUUUUUUUUUUUUAAUUUUCAAUCACAGAAUACAGAACUGAGGUGAAGCUCCGUAACGCUUUACAACACGUUUUUCGUCAUUAACGUUCGUUAACCAAUUAAUGUGAACAUUAAUACGCUAUCGAUAAUAUUAAAGUAAUCAACACUCGUUUUGGUCAUAGUACGUUUUAUCAAAUAAUUCAGCAAAAACAAUUCUUUAUGUGGAAUAUUUAAAAGUUCAGUCUAUAGAUAUUUUCUCAUUUAUCUCCUUUGAUUUAUUUUGAGAUAUUAAUGAGAUAUGCAGGAACUAAUACACUCAGUGUUCCACGUCUGGGUGCAGCGUCUGGGUGCAGUUUCUGCUGCCACUCUGAAAAGAACUGAUUGAUUUCCCACAACGGCACAUAAACGAGUGCUUUAUUCCUUUUCUUCCACAGAGAUUUGAAAGUAAUUCAGUUGUUUUUUAUUAAUAGACGUUUUCAGGUUUAUAGUUAUGUGUAAUGUUGUAUGUUCUAGCAGGUAGAGUGCCUGAAGAAAAGUGUGUGAAAAGUGUGGAAUCAUCUGGUCUUGUUGUUUUUGAGACACAUGCAUAUUCCUUUUUUUUUUUUUUUUUUUAAUCACACAAAAUCUGGACAGUGAACGAGUGGAAGAAAGUUCCAUGGAGUUCAAAUACGCCAUUUUUUUUGUCUCUAACAGAAGAACUUGUGUAAGAUGGAGAACAGGAGAGAAGAUGUUGGAGGUCAAACAUGGAGGUGGAAUUUAGUGGUUUUGGGUUGGGUUGCAAGUGGAACAUCUGGAUAUUUCUAGAUUUGUUUGUCAAAGAAACCCUUCAGACCGUUACAGUUCUUUUCGCAUGGAAACAUAAGGAACAUUCACGUGUCUCUGAAACACCUUAAAACACUCCUCACUUUCCACAGGCUAAGUAUAAACAUUUCUCAUAAAUAUUAGUGUAAAUUUAAACCAAAGUGUUGAUUACUUUAACAUUACUUAUGGUUUUCUAAUCCUCGUGAUCUUAAAUGUAAAAGCGUUGCUGCUGUAUUCGUGCAAUCGUGACGUUAAAUCCUGUGAAAAAAAAACAAUUCUCUCAUGUCACGAUAUGAUCUCAUAUCCGAGUAGCUUUACUUUGCACAUGACACAUGGCAGGUCCAGUUUCAGGGGCAGACACGCAGCUACACGGCUGAACUCGGUCAUUUUACUCCUAUUUUUAACCUCUUUUUAUAUUAAUUUUAACGUAGUUUUUAGAUGUUUGUAACCUUUUAACCCGAAAUCGACGGCAUUGACUGCGGUCUCGCUGUAGGAGCCGUUCAGGGGGAAAAAAAAAACACGAAAAACGCUUUGCUAUAAAAACUUGGGUGCAAAUUUCGAAAAGAUGUUGAUGAUCGAUUGAUGAGCCUCGUCAGAAAUCUCUAAAGAAGUCAUGAAGUGCCAAGUUUUCUUUCCCUGCACUGUUUUUAAACUCUUUAAUGAACUAAUACCACUACUAACACUUUACCACUGUACAGCUCAGUGAACUUCCAGCACGUCUGCAUGGAAGAGUUGUUUUCAUUUUUCUGUGUUUUUUUUUUUAUUGAUGUGACACUACAAUAAAACAUUUGUUUUUAUGGA